AGGAACCCUUUGAAAACAAACCUGCAAAUAUAUGAAUGCAAAUAUCUUCUUUUUUAGAGUUUUAAAGUUGUUUCUUUCUCCUUUUGCAACCAUAUAAGUUUUAUAUGCAGGAGAAUUAUUGUACUUCAUGCGUUUGAGAUGCUUUGGUCUAAUCACAGCUGUAUUUCUGCAUCUACCACUCUAUCUAACUAAGUGGAAAGUUUCACUGUCACAGAAACAUUGAGUCGCUGGGUAACCACAAACACCCUGUCUAUUUCAACACCUCUGACAACUUUUUUUAGGUUAUGAUCUUGAUAAACGCAGCACCACCCCACUGUCUUUUAGAAAGCCCGAAUCGUCAGCCGUGGUGUUAAUCGCUAACAGAGCAAUAUCUUGUCAUCAUGAAGGUUGCUCAGAUCUUCCUGCUCUGCGUCCUGGGAGCCGUUCUGGUGUCCACAGUCCUCUGCAACAGUUCAACUGGUCCUGAUGACUGCUGUUUUGACUUAUACUCAAAACCUAUAAACAAAAGGCUCAUCACUUCAUAUUACAUGACUGAUCCCCGCUGCCCUGUGGGUGCAGCUAUUUUAAUAACAAAAAAGUCACGCCGCAUCUGUGUGGAUCCAAAGCAACUCUGGGUGGAGAAGAUUAUUAAUUUUCUGGAGUAUAAGUCCCUUUAAAGGAGCUGCCUACUGUCCUGCUUUAUCAGACCAUGUGAAAUAGAAUGAUACACAUGUAGCAAACUGAGCAUGAUGUUGGUAUCAAUUCUAUACUGUUGCAAGUAAUCAGAGAUUUUGCUUUAAUAUACAAUCAUUGUUUGUUUUUCUAUCGUUUCUUUUAAAAGCUUUGCACAACAACUAUCCUACAGCAGUGAUUGUAACCUGUAGGAUAUUCUGGAAUUUUGCAGUUUUGCCUAAGAUGUAAAACUAUAACAGCACUUUUCUUUUGCAUGUAUGUUUUUUGUAUUUGCUCACAAAUAAAUCUAACUUUUAUCUAA